GAUGAUAUGAAAAACUCGCGUCUAUACCGCACCAUAACGCCAUCAUCCGACCUAACACGAGGUUUAUUAAUUUGUAUAACUGAUGCGAGAAAAAAAUUGUUUUCAUUCGAUUUCGUAGAUACUGUGACAAAUAACACGCGAUGGCUCAACAACAUUUACAGCAUAUUCGAGAGGUGGAAGAAAUAACGAUUCCAGUUCCAUGGGGCCAUAUUGCUGCGAAAUUCUGGGGACCAAAGCAUGUAAGACCGAUUCUUUGCCUGCACGGAUGGCAAGACAAUGCCGGUACGUUUGACUCACUCAUUCCAAUGCUUCCGAAUCAUGUCAGUUAUCUGGCUAUUGAUCUUCCUGGCCAUGGAUUGUCUUCUAGAUAUCCCGACGGAAUGAUCUACAGUCACAUCGAUUACUUGUACACAUUGGUUCUGAUCUGCAAAAAGCUUCAAUGGGAAAAAGUGUCUUUGAUGGCACAUUCAAUGGGAGCGAUUAUUGGUUUUCUAUUUGCGGCGGCAUACCCGGAAAAAUGUGAUAUGGUCGUUUCAUUCGACACGUUGAAGCCGUUUGUGACGAAUUUCGGAUACGUUACACACUUUUUCAACAAUUCAAUCGAGGACUUGAUGGUCGCUGAUAUUAGGAAUCAAGAAAAAUCCGAACCUCCCAGCUAUAAGUACGAAGAGCUCAUCGAUCGGCUAACGUCAGCAACGAUAUUAUCAGUGACUCGAGAGACAGCUCCCUACUUACUGAAACGAGCAAUUAAACCAUCAGCCAAAGAAUCGGAUAAAUACUAUUUCACACGCGACAGCCGAUUGAAAUCGCUUCACGCUGUUAUGCUGCCACAUGAAACCAAUUUAUUCCUGGCGAAACGGAUCAAAGCUCCGUACUGCUUUAUAAAAGCGACGCAAUCGUCAUUCAAAGAAAAUCGAAAGUAUUUCAAUGAGACCGUUGAUGUAAUGAAAGAGAAUCCACAAUUCGAAUUGCAUGGCGUUGAUUCAGCGCACCAUGUGCAUUUAACCGAGCCGGAAAAGGUUUCUGUUAUCGUUUCGAAUUUUAUUAACAAAUGUCGACCGUUGAGUGCGGUUAGUAAAUUGUGAAGACACUGAACUUCUGGUAAAUGUAAUUUUUUGUACAUGUUUUUGUAAGCACAGGUGAACACAGGUGAUAUGACGGAUAUUUAACAUAUUGUUUUUAACUGUAACGGAUUUCAAUAAAUCUUUGUUGUGUUGAA